AACACUCAAAACUCAGAGUCAGAGCUAAGUGUUGUCUACUUGUCUGUGACGACUCUUCGCUUGUGUGACUUAUAUUCCCGACAACGACGACUCGACGUACGAAUCUAAUAAUUUAUUAUUUUAUAUCUGACUGCCAACAAUGAGUUUUUCACAUAAAGUCAGCGGGAGCAGUAUUCCUUACAUGUCACCCAUGGUAAAUACUAAAGAAUUCUCGUUAAGGGUAUCCAAAAACUCUGAUGUAAAAUAUCAGAUGAUGAAAUUCAAUAGCAAUUUAAACAUUGACUUUGAUAAAUGGUCUCAUGCCAAAAUGGAGAGAGAGACAAAUAAAGUAGAUGGAAAAAUUAUAGAAGAAGAUAUGCCUAAAUUUGGAGCUGGAAGUGAAUUUGGUCGUGAAGCUAGACAAGAAGCAAGGAAACGAAGAUAUGGAGGUAACAAAAAAGUUUCAGAGUCUAGUCCAUGGGCAUUAAAAGUUGGCGGGAAAAAAUUUAGGGGUGUACGUGAAGGAGGAAUUACUGACAAUUCUUCAUAUUACUUGUUUACUCAUGGAGAAGAUGGUAUGGUCAUUGCACAUAAACUAGAAGAGUGGUAUAACUUUCAACCAGUACAACGUUACAAAACAUUAACUUCUGAAGAAGCAGAAGAAGAGUUUGGAAGGCGUAAUAAGGUUUUGAAUCAUUUUACUCUCAUGGUACAAAAAAGGCUUAAAAAUGAAGAAGAGGAAGAUAUUGAUGAAGACGAUAAAACUAAAGGGAAAAAAACAACAAAAAGUCGUAAAAGCAAAGAACUCAAAAUAUCUGAAAUGGAAGAGUGGGAAGAAAGUGAAGAAGAUGAAUCCGAAGAAGAAGAACAAGACGAAGAAAAAAUUGAAAAGAAAAAGAAACAAAAACAAAAAAACAAGGUCAAAGCUAAACCAAAAAAAAAGUCAAAAGGGUCUGACGAAUCAGCAACAGAAGAAAGUGAUGAUGGUGAUGAAGAGGGAAGAGAGUUGGAUUAUAUAUCAGAUUCUUCAGACGAUGUAUCAGAUGACGAAGCUAAAGUUACUAAAGAAAUGCAGGGAGUGGCAGAAGAAAAAGCAUUAAAAAGUCUCUUGACAUCAGAUGAGGAUGAAGAUGAAGAUGCAGAAAAGAAAGAAGAAAAUAAAGAUGAACAAAAUAACACUGAUGUGGAAGAAGAAGAUAAGACCAAAAAAGAAGAAAACAAACCUAAGCAAUCUUCACCAAAUAAGAAAAAAAAGAAAAACAAUGACAAAAAGUCAAAAAAAGAUUCAGAUUCAGAUAGUGAUAGUUCUGUCGAUAGUUCAGAUAUAGACAGUGAGCCAAUUACCAGAAAAAGACCUUUUAAUCUAGAUGCAUUGAAAAAUAAUGGUCCUGAUCUAAUUAGUUUGUCAGGUGAUUCAUCUAAUCAAAGCAUGGAACCUUCCCAGAAAAAAGCUAAAAUUGAUUUUUCUCCAGUUACUUUAUCUGAUACUCAUGGUAUAACUGAAGAAGCUGUCCGUCGAUAUUUGUCACGAAAACCAAUAACUACUACUCAACUUGUGACUAAGUUUAAGAAUCGUUCUAAUUUAAGCUCUGAGCAAUUGGUUAGGAUUAUUGCGUUAUUAUUAAAAAGAAUCAAUCCCGAAAGAAAAAUGAUAAAGAACAAAAUGUACUUGUCAUUAAAACACUAAAAAUGCUAACUAAAAUCAUAUUGAAUUAUAGAACUUUUUUUUUUUGUACUUAAAUAGCUAAGUCAUGUACUCACGCUAUGCCACAAGCACUUGUAGUCAAAAAAACCACUUGUUGGUGAUUUAAUUUGUCUACCUGUGUAUAGGUUGAUGGCUGAUUGUAUUAUCUUAAAUUGUGAUUCAUAGUUUAAUUUAUUUUUAUUAUUAAUUCAUUUUUAUCAU